UAGCUGAGCUUCAGUUAACACCCCAGGAUUGAAGGUUUCAGAGCGUCACUGUAGGGCAGCAUGUCCGUAUCAACAGGCGCGGCCCUUCUGUGGAUUUUACUUCUUACAUUCACUGUCUCCACCGUGUCAGGGGCCCAGAAGUUGACUCUCACUGCUGAACCAGGAGCCACCAUAAACAUCAGAAAUAAUAAUCAGGUCAAAGGUUGCGAAGUGUGUACAAGAUCGAUUAUUAAAAAAUGCAAUGCUGAAUCUCUGAAUUAUUUAAAAGGAAGUACUGUGGAAUUGAAAUGCUCCACACCUCAAGAUGUAUUCAGUAUAGAAAUUGUACGGCGUAUAACUUGCACCACGGAGUCAUGCAGUGGCCACAUCAUCCAGGCUGACUUCAGCUCAAUUGAUGCGCUGCGUUUUAACCGCACGUUUACCUGGAAUCUAGCGGCCGCAGCGCCAAAAGCUUUCCAAAUAGAUUUCACUAACACGGGUCUUAAACUGAUUCAUCCAUCUGAGAAAUGUCCAGACAGACACACCUACACCCUCCAGGCCUUCCAGUCUACGGGCAGUGCGGCUGUGGAGCAGUACUGCAGAAGUGGCACCAUCAGCAGUGCUCAGGUUUUGAAAAGCGGCAGCUUUUCUGUGGACGUCCCAGCAGAGCAGAAGCUGCAAAAUGACAAGUUUGAUGUGACUUUUCUAAACCUCACACAGCCAGAUUGUGUGAAGAAGGAAGUAGCAGUGGAGUACCACCAGAAAGGCAGGGUGACAUCGGUUCUGGGGCUAAAUGACACACAGCCGCUCCAGAACCAGGGAGACUUUUUGCUCACGCUGAGGAACUGCGAGAUGGAGAGAGCACCUGCUGAUUCUCCUGGACUCACUUUCACCCUCAAGGUGUCUUCUUACCCACCCCGUUCAAAAGCACCUUUAACCAUCAUCCUGGGUGUAGUGGCUACUCUGCUGGUCAUUUCUGUCAUAGUGCUAGUUGUAAUGAUUAGGAAGAACAAGAAGAAGAAGAAGAAGAAGAAGAAGAAGAAAGGCAAUUAUGAAGUUGCUGUCUAUAAUCCUAAUGGCAUCAACUUCUUACCAGGAUACGAAUCCCCAGACAUGCUGGGGACUUGUAAAGAUGAUGAGUCCCAUGUGUACGAAGAGAUUGAUGACACUCUCGUCUACACACACCUGCUGAAAAGGGGUGCAGAGACUGGCAACUAUGAAGAAACAUAUAAACCUGUUUCAGGACACACAGACUCUCAAAAGCCACUGCUCUCAUCACAGCAGGGCCCUCCACGCCCCAACAAGCCACCAAGCAAAAUCCUAACCCCGGUGGACAAUACAAUUUACCAGAAUAUGAUUUACCAGCCUAAGGAUCAAAGUGAGGACGAACAGCUCCCGAAUCUGGGGCCUCGACUGGAGCUAGAGGGAAGCAACUGAGCAGAAGACUGGACUCAGCUUUUUGAUUUUUCUCUUGACCCACUUGAACUUUGGGAUAUUCGUUCCCUGUGUGAUUGCUCGCUGUUCAGCCUCACAAAGCACCUUUUCUGUUGAGUGCAGCUUUUGCACUAAAGUGAGGCACACACAAACAACCUGUCUGCAGCUGUUACAACGUUUUGUCCCAGAUUAAAGGCUCUUCGAUUGCAAAAGUUGCUCUCAAUCAUCCCCUGUAGCUGCAUCUGACAUAAAACAUAUUUAUUUCAUAGUAAGGUCAAAUAUAUUGCUUUUUUAAUGUGUCACGAUGGGAUGAGUCCUUUGUCCUCAUCGGAGACUAGUGGCAUA